CACCCACAUCGACCUUGAUGGUCUCGACAGCUCUUAAAACUGGGUCAUCAUUUGAAGCGGCUAGUUUCUAUUGAUUAUUUGCGUCACUCGGGGUGAAUAGACGCUGGUAUUUUGAGUUAAUCCGCCAGUCGACUGUAGACCGUGCACCGGACGAGACGUCGAGUCGAAUGGUUCAUGGCUCUGUUUAAUUCGUUCUUUCAAGACUUUUUCUGCGAUCCAUUCUUCAGGACGUCAACUACGGCCACCGACAAUGUUAGGCAAGUCGCCCACUUAAUGGAUUCGAUGGUUCUGGGAUCCAAGUCGGCUGCUUUCUCUUAUCCUCACAUGGCUGCGUUACACUCGGCCGCCGAGCCCAGGAUGUUCAAGAAGCCUCCAGUUCAGAUUCUCAGACAAGGAAGUGGCGAAGACAAGAAUAAUUUGCGGUUGUCGGAAGACGAAAGUUGGCGGAAUUCACUUCGACGUUCGAGUAAUCCGAAAUCAGUUUACAGCCUUCCAUCCAUUUACAGCAGCAGCAGCCCGGAGCCUUCCAAGUCACCGAUGAGUUCAAAACCGCCCAGUCGAAUAGGUACAACAAACAUAAACAACAACCAGCGGAUCGGUAACAUCCGGAAGAAAGCUCUAAACAAUCAAGCAGCGCAGAAAACUGCCAAACGGAAUGGAAAAACGACCAAUAAAUCGGAUUUGCAACGUCCCAACGAGGAAUUGGUGAAUCAAGUCACAUCCGAACUUGGUUGUGAACGAUGUCUGGUCGAGAUGAUUGAAAGGGACGUCCUUCAACGCAAACCCAAUGUGGAAUGGGCAUCCAUCGCCGGAUUGAAAGACGCCAAAUCUUUGCUCCAAGAAGUCGUCGUUCUGCCCAAUAUCGUUCCGGAUUUCUUCAAAGGCAUCCGGCGACCAUGGAAAGGAGUUUUGCUGGUCGGUCCACCUGGAACUGGUAAAACUUUAUUGGCUAAAGCUGUCGCCACUGAAUGCAAGUCUACUUUCUUCAAUGUGACGUCAUCCACGUUGACUUCCAAAUACCGAGGAGAGUCUGAAAAGUUGGUUAGAAUUCUGUUCCACAUGGCCAGAAAAUUAUCGCCUAGUAUUAUCUUUAUCGACGAAGUGGACGCUCUGGUGGCUAAACGGAACGCGGCCCACGAUCACGAAGCCUCGCGACGCUUCCAGUCUGAACUGCUCAUCCAAAUGGACGGGCUGAUCCAAGAAGAGGAGAAUAAUGAACACAACAUUUUGGUGUUGGCCGCUUCCAAUCAUCCGUGGUAUGUCGACGAAGCGUUCCGGAGGCGUUUCGAGAAACGAAUUUACAUUCCACUUCCGGAUGGAGCUGCCCGUGAAGAAAUGCUGAGACUCCAUUUGACUGGAAUGAAAUUAGAUUCUCGACUUAAUUUGAGUAAAAUUGCUAAGAAGUUGGAGGGAUAUUCCGGGGCUGAUCUCUUGUCUGUUUGCCGAGACGCUGCCAUGAUGAGUUUGCGACGUAAAAUUGCCGGAAAAUCGACGGAACAGAUUCGUCAAUUGACUAAAGACGAUUUAGACGAGCCGAUUACUAGUCAGGAUUUCUUUGAUGCCGUCAAAAGGUGCAAGACCAGCGUCUCCAGUACGGACAUGGCCGCUUAUGAGAACUGGAUGAAAGAAUUUGGAUCUUUUUAAUUAAUUGAAUUUCAUCGUGUGUGAUGGUUAGUGAAAAGAAAAACAAAGAGAAAGAUGUAAUUAUGUAAAAUCUAGCCAUUCAAAAGUUCCUUUAUUUGUAAUCUCACUUUGUUUCAAUUGAAACACUUGGCAACGUUUAAAAUACAGUUUGACAGAAACAU